AUGUCGCAAAGUGUUGGUGCUGGAGGUGAAUUAUUGUUGGAGUGGACAAGAAAGUUGAUCACCUCCCAGAGUGAGAAGGCUUUCUUUUAUAAUAUUGUACAGACAAGGAGUGGAAAUGAUGAAUCAUUAUUCAACUUUCCCAAGUGUAGUAUUUCUAAAGGAACGGAACAAUUCAUUGAGAGGAUUAAUUCCAUCAUUGAAAAGUCUCAAUCUUUAAAUCAUGUACUUGCUAAAUAUAUUAAACAAGCUACAGUGUUGUAUAGAGUUUUAAUUCCUAAAAUUUAUGGAGAAUUGAUUAAUCAAUUUCCUCAAUUCUCGAUGAUAUUAUUUAAUGAUUGUCAUUGGAUUGCAAAGGAAUUAGAUAUAUUAUGUGUAAAAUAUAAAAUUGAUGAUGGUUUCAAGUCAUUGGUUUGUGAUGGAGCUAGUACUUUGAGAGCAUUCUCGGAAGAACACAGAAAGGAAUUUAUUGACAAGCAAACAAUUAUUUUAAUUACUUACUUGCAAGAUUGUAACAAAUUCAAGGAUGUUUACAGUAAUAUGAAGCAGAACAAAAAGAGUUUUGAAAAGAUUGUCGAUCAUUUGGAUCAUUUAAGGAGAUUGUGGGUUCAGGUUAUUCCACAAGACAAUGGAAUUGUUAUGGCAUCACUUGGAGCUAUUUUAGAACCAAUAAUCGCUACUAUUUGUAGCUAUAUUCUCAAUCGCAAAGAUAUUGGAGAGAAUGAAUCACAGGAUAUUAGUUCUUUAAUGACAUACUUGGUAAAGUGGAUUUCAGAAAAUUUCUCCUAUGAAAAUGAAGACAUUUUGAAAUUUAUUCCAUCCUUAUACAAAUUCAGAGCUAUCAAGUCAAUGCUGGUAAUGUCAUUGUUAAAUGUUGUGGAAAAUUUUAAAGUUGGAGGCACUCUUUAUGGCUUAACUUCAGCAGAAUUAACAAAAUUGAUUCAGGCUAUUUUCGAAGACAGUAAAACCAGACGAGAGGUCAUCAACCAGAUAUCACAACCAUAA